CAGCAUUUGUCAUCAUUAUAAAUGUCAAGUUUUGUCAACAUGUGAACUGUUAAAAUCUGAAAAGUUAUAUGAUUAUUCUAAUGAAUCGUUUUUCUAUGAAGACUCUUAAAUAAAUACCUCUUAUAGCACAAGCAUAGCGUAUAUUCUUCAUAAAAUAAGUGAAAAAAACUUUGUAAGUCAUGGCGUUAAUGAGAUCCUCGAAAGAAGUUCCCGAGGACGCGGUCAUCCUGGAUGAGCUGGAAGCCACCAGUUAUAUGUGGGAUCUGGUCACCGACUGGGCAAAUCCUAAAGACACGUGGGCUCUCCGGUAUGCUCCAGGUGUCCUCGGUGGCAUCAGUGCAGUGUCUGGUUUAUUGAUCAAUAAUCAUUACAGAACAAAACUCAAACUUGGCACAUAUGGCUACAUGUCUUCAGUAAUACCUAUAUCUGUCAUGCCAGCAUUAAUGACGGCACUCUUUCAUAGACAUGUAAUAUCUACUGGAAUGUUACUUAUGAAAAAUGAAGCCUGCCCAAUAUGCUAUGAAGUAAAAUCAGCGGCUAUUCAACUUGCACUUGGUGUUGGUUAUCCCUUGGUGCUGGGGCCGGCUUCAGCUCUUAUGUUUGCUUCCAGGUACGGCACAUACAGAGUACCAAACUUAGCAGAAGGCCCAAAAGUAAUGUUCCAAUUUUUAAGAAAAAUGACGAAGCCUUUGAGCGGGACACUCGCAUUUCUAACCGUUACUCAUUUUGUUGCGUCUUCAGUGCUAACUUACUUUGAAAUGAGGAAUAACUUUGCUGUGAGACGAAAAAUGAUAGAAAUAGAGAAUCGAAUUAUAGCCGAACAGGGCGAAGAAAAUUGAAUGUGCUUUAUUUGUUAUAUAUUGUAUACUGUGUAGAUAUCAUUAGAAGGCUAAAUUAAUAGGAAUACGUAGAAAAGUA